AUGGCAACUAUAUCAAAAGAAAGUCUAGCCCAAUUUUGGUUAAAUACAUUUCCAAUAUCGUAUAAUUAUGCAGAUAUAUCAUUUUCGAAUACGACAAUUGUUCAAAAUCUUUUAGAAUUUAUUUCGGAAAAAAAUGAAGAAAAGAAAAUUUUCGAUAUUAUCAAUGGUUAUAUUCAAGAAAUACAAUCUAAAAAGAUUAUUAAAACAAUCAUACCUAGAAAAAUUUCUCUUAAACGUCAACGACCAAUAAAAAAUACUUUAAUAAAUAAUAUUGAUCCAAAUCAUUUACGAUUUACUGUUCAUAUUGAUGUUAUUGAAAAUGUAGAUUAUAAUGAAGAAAUUUCAACAAUAAAUGAUACAAAAAUUGAAGAACGUACAAUAGAAAAUUUGUCAUCAAUUCUCAAUGAAUCAGAUUCGAAUAUAAUUUCCAAACGUUUUCAUUCAUUAAUUUAUCCAUGGCUUAUUGAUGUUUCAUUUAAUAUAUCUAAUGAUAUUUUUUCUAUUAUAAUUGAAUUAAUGAAUAAAUAUUCUGAAGAAUUUUUUCUUAAUUGUUGCAUUCCAUGGCUUAAUAAUAAUAUUUCAACAGAUAAUAUGAAUUUAUUUAUUUCAAAUCUUUUUACUCAAUUAACAAAUCUAUCUGAUCGUUGUAAAUUAUGUACGUAUUUAUGUCAAAAUAGUACAUGUCCAUUUAAUGAUAAUGAAUUAUGUAUAAUAAGUAAAUGGUUUGAUAGUAAAGAAUUUUAUUUUUCAAAUGAUUUAUUAAAUAUUUUACCAGAAAAAAUUGCAAUAUCAGCAAAAAUUUAUUCAGAUAAUUUAUCAUUUGCUAAAGUUCUACAUAAAAUUUUAAUUAAAUGUUUAGAAAAUAAUCAUAUUAUAACUAAUGAACAACGUUUAAUUUUUAAACAAGCUAUAACAAUAAAUACAACAAUUCUUAGUGAUAUUCUUAUGGAUUUACUUGAUUGA